GCCACAUUUGGAAAUGUUCUCCGCUGCGGAGCUUGGAUGAAAGCUGUAGAACCAGUGGCACUGCCUUCCCCUCUAUCCUGUCGCAUACAAGGGCUCACGCAAGAGCACAAUGGCAGCGACAUUUCCCGAGACAACGCCUAAAGCAUAGGGGCAUGAGAGCAGGUAUCUUUUGGAGUGCUCCAGGCUACUCCAAUGAUGUUAGGGCAACCCAGGUAUAUCCGUUCGGAAGCCUUUCGUCCCUCCUCUUCGAGACUCGACAGCGUUUCUCCCCACAUCCGUCACUUGCGUCCCUCCUCUAUCCGUCAUAAACAAAGCCCCCACCUUCUCCCGGCAUAUUUUCUACUGAGGAGCUGCCCUCAUCCAUGACCUGACAGUAUAUUUUGAUAUCUCCUCUUUUCGCUUACCUUUUACAAUUCCUGUAAUAUCAAAGUACAAACAAUCAAAAUGCCUGCUGAUACCGUCGGAAAGACCAUUACCUGCAAGGCUGCUGUCGCCUGGGAAGCUGGCAAGGACCUCUCGAUCGAAGAUGUCGAAGUAGGACCUCCUAGAGCCCACGAGGUUCGCAUCCAAAUAUACUACACUGGUGUCUGCCAUACCGAUGCCUACACACUUUCCGGAAAAGACCCGGAAGGUGCCUUCCCAGUGGUUUUGGGCCACGAGGGCGCAGGUAUUGUAGAGUCUGUUGGUGAGGGUGUCACAAAUGUGAAGCCUGGAGACAAUGUCGUGGCACUUUAUACCCCUGAGUGCAAGGAGUGCAAGUUCUGCAUCUCUGGCAAGACCAACCUCUGCGGCAAGAUUCGGGCCACUCAAGGCAAGGGUGUCAUGCCCGACGGUACCUCGAGAUUCAAGUGCAAGGGCAAAGAUCUGUUGCACUUUAUGGGCACAUCAACUUUCUCUCAGUAUACCGUCGUAGCCGACAUCUCGGUGGUUGCCAUCACCGACAAGGCUCCUAUGGACAGGACCUGUCUGUUGGGCUGCGGUAUCACCACCGGAUACGGAGCCGCCGUCAUCACCGCCAAGGUCGAGAAGGGCUCCAACAUUGCCGUCUUUGGUGCGGGCUGUGUCGGUCUCUCGGUCAUCCAGGGUGCCGUUAAGAACGGUGCCGGCAAGAUCAUCGUUGUCGAUGUCAACGACAAGAAAGAGGAAUGGGCCCACAAGUUCGGUGGUACCGACUUCGUCAACCCUACCAAGUUGAAUGGCCAGACUAUCCAGGAGAAGUUGAUCGAGAUGACCGAUGGUGGAUGUGACUAUACCUUUGACUGCACUGGUAACGUCCAGGUCAUGAGAGCCGCUCUUGAGGCAUGCCACAAAGGUUGGGGUGAAUCGAUCAUCAUCGGUGUUGCUCCCGCUGGUGCCGAAAUCUCUACCAGACCAUUUCAGCUUGUUACUGGUCGUUCGUGGCGAGGAUGUGCCUUUGGUGGUGUCAAGGGCCGAACUCAGCUGCCAGGCCUUGUUGCCGAUUACCUCGACGGCAAGCUCAAGGUUGACGAAUUUAUCACUCACAGACAGCCACUUGCGAAGAUCAACGAUGCCUUCCACGACAUGCACGCUGGAGACUGUAUCCGUUGUGUCGUGAACAUGAGGGAGGAUUAGUAUGUUCUCUUGCACUCCGCAGCAUGCCAGUCUACUAACAUUGUUGUAAAGACUACGCUCGGGCCCCCGCUCUUCUCCCAAGCUAUGAAAGCACAACGUGCACCUCGAGACGAGGAGAUACGUGGAGGAAAUGGGUGGUUACCUUCAAGACUGCAAUUGUCAAUUGUCCAUUUUUUGAAGCAAUGUGCAGGGAUACUCUAGAUAGGCGGCCAGGAAAAGCACUGACAAUGAAUGAAUACAUACCCUAUGCUAUCAUAGCGAAAUCUUCAUAAAUUCAUAAGAUACUACUUGAUCCA